CCGCUGAGCCUUUGGUUUGGUGACAGUCGUAGGUCGUCACAUGAAAACCUGAUCGGGAUCGCUAGAUCUUGUUGCCGAGAGCCGCGGCUAUAAAUUGUACCCGCGAGCAGACUAAGGCGCACCAGUCAACAGUCGGUCGUCAGGGCGAAAAGAAGGAUCACAACAGGUCACGAACACGAGAUGAUGCUGAGAAACAUUGUGAGGAGCGGGCUCCGCGCCCACCAGAAGUGGGCCUUCGCCGCGUCCAUGUCUUCGGCACCGGCCACUGCGCCCAUUGUCAAGCCUGAAAUUCACCACACCGGCAUAUUCGUCAACAACGAGUGGCUCAAAUCUGCCUCUGGCAAGACUUUCCCGACCAUCAACCCUGCCACAGGAGAAGUGAUUUGCCAAAUUCAGGAAGGUGACAAGGCUGACGUUGACUUGGCUGUCAAAGCUGCCAGUGAUGCCUUCAGGUUCGGCAGCCCGUGGAGGCGCAUGGACGCCUCUGACCGUGGCGUCUUGCUCAACAGACUGGCUGACCUCAUUGAGAGGGACAGUGUUUACAUUGCCAGUUUGGAGACCCUGGACAAUGGAAAGCCCUACAGCAGCGCUCUGGCUGUGGACGUGGCUGCCACGGUCAAAUGUCUGCGCUACUACGGUGGUUGGGCAGACAAGAACCAUGGAAAGGUCGUGCCUAUGGAUGGGGACUACAUUUCCUUCACCAGGCAUGAGCCUGUUGGGGUUUGCGCCCAGAUCAUUCCGUGGAACUUCCCUCUGCUCAUGCUGGGCUGGAAGAUUGCGCCUGCUCUCGCCACUGGCAACUGUGUGAUUGUCAAGCCAGCAGAACAGACGCCGUUGACGUGCCUCUAUGUCGCUGAACUCGCGAAAGAGGCCGGGUUUCCUCCAGGUGUUUUUAAUGUCAUUCCUGGCUAUGGUCCCACUGCUGGCGCCGCGCUCACUUACCACAACGAUGUUGACAAAGUUGCAUUUACUGGUUCAACUGAGAUUGGAAAGCUGAUUCAGAAGGGAGCAGGUGAGUCCAACUUGAAGCGAGUCACUCUCGAGUUGGGCGGCAAGUCUCCGAACAUCAUCCUGAAGGACGUCGAUGUUGAUGCGGCUGUCGAGAACGCUCACUUUGGCCUCUUCUUCAACAUGGGCCAAUGUUGCACAGCUGGGUCGCGCACCUUCAUCGAAGAAGAUAUUUAUGAAGAGUUUGUGGAGAAGAGUGCCGCGCGCGCCAAGAAGCGUGUGGUCGGCGACCCGUUCGACCCCAAGACUGACCAGGGCCCUCAGGUGGACGAGGAGCAGCUGACCAAGAUUCUUGGGCUCAUUGAUUCGGGCAAAAAGGAGGGCGCGCGCUUGGUGGCUGGAGGCGCCCGUGAGGGAGACAAAGGUUAUUUCAUCCAGCCGACCGUAUUUGCCGAUGUCAAGGACAGCAUGCGAAUUGCUAGAGAGGAGAUUUUUGGGCCUGUGCAACAACUGAUCAAAUUCAAGAAUCCCAAGGAGCUGCUUGAGAGAGCUAACAACACCGAGUACGGUCUUGCUGCCGCUAUUUUCACCAAGGACAUAGAUAAAGCGAUGUAUUUAAUGCAAGGCAUCAGAGCAGGAACGGUUUGGAUCAACUGUUACAACAUUUUUGGAGCUCAAGCAGCGUUCGGAGGCUUCAAAAUGUCUGGAAAUGGCCGUGAGCUGGGCGAGUAUGGUCUCCAAGCGUACACUGAGGUCAAAACGGUGACCAUUAAGGUGACUGAGAAGAACAGCUAAGAAAAAUCGUCAUAAGACACAAUCUUUUAUUGAAAGUGAGAGCAAAUUAAAAAUAUACGAAAAUUAAAAUUCCUGCUCCAAAGGAGCUACAAACAAAUCAAUUUAACGUCAAAUACGUCGCAUUUGAAAGGACAUAAAAAUGUCGUGAGACUUCCACUUACACCCUGACAAAGCAAUAAUUGCCAGUGUCUUCAUGCCUCCCGCUCCAGUUGCACCUAAUCACUCCUUGUAAAUCAGGCUUUGAUACUUAUUGUUAGGCUGCGUGAGAGUUACUGCUUAAUCUUGUUUAUGGUGGAAUUUCAAAAUAAAAAUAUUUUCAAUGAGAAAUUAUACGAAAA